UGCGUUACUCAACACUGAAACGAAGAAAUACAACUCUGCGUCGUGUUGAGUCGCGUUGCUAUCUUGAUCUAGUUUGUUUGAUAUUUCUUGUUCCGCUUUGAACGAACGAUGUCGCGACGAAAGGAUAAGCGAGAUUCAAGCUUUUGGCUCAAGCAGGCGGCCACCUUACCCGAUUACGUGCUUCCAGAGCAGCAGGUAGAUGAGCGGAAGAAGCUGCAUCAUCCCGCCUCGAUCCUGUGGUCGCCGCAAAUGCACAAGGAGCACGAAAAUAGUUUUCUCGAAUAUCUGGGCUUUGCGGCGAAGUGCUUCGGUAUCGAGGAGGAGCAGGCCCUGUUCAUCCUGCGACGUAACGGCUUUGAUAUACCCUUGGCCCGCCGACGCCUGGAGCGGGUCGAGACCGCCCGAGGAUGUCGCUAUCAUCGCUGGAAGGCCCAGGAUCUCAUCCGACUCUCGAAGGCCUUUGAAAAAUACGGCACCAACUUUGCGAGGAUCCAUGAGGAGUUGCCCCAUUUCCCGAAGGCCGAAGUCCGGCUGUAUUUUUACUAUAUGUACCCGGAGGUUUAGGCUCCAGAAGUGCAACCAUGCAAGCAUGAUAUGCAUGCUUUUCCAAAGGCUAAGAUGCAUACAACCUUGAAUUUGGAUAUUGUUACAUGAUAAAAAAGUAUCUUAAUAUUGUAAUCCUCUCAUAAUACAUCGGA